AUGGACGACCCUCCUCACCUGUUCCUCUGCCCCAUCUCCAUGGAGCUCAUGGCCGAUCCGGUGACGGUGUCCACCGGCGUGACGUACGACCGCCGCAGCAUUGAGGAGUGGCUCUUCGUCUACGGCCGGACGACCUGCCCGGCCACCAUGCAGCCUCUCUCCAACUUCGACCUCACGCCCAACCACACCCUCAAGCGCGUCAUCUCGUCGUGGCUCGACCGCGGCUCCCCCUCGUCGUCGUCGCCGUCAACGUCGACGCUGUGUAGCCCGAUCCAUGAGCUUGCGGCGCCGCUGUCGCAGGCGCUGGAGCAGGAGCGGUUGCUGGCGGCUCUGGCUGAGCUUGAGGAGACGCCGUUCAAGGUGACCAAGCUCAAGUACAUGAGGGCCUGCAUGGCCGGCGACGUGGCAAUGCAGAGUGCGUUCGUCGCGUCGGGCGGCGUCAGGCGCGGCAGCGCCGAGGCGAGGCUACACGCCAUGGACAUCCUCACCAAGAUCUCCAAUUCCGGAGGCGGCGAGUGGACCGCCGGCGGCGACAUUGACGACGUGAUCAAGUCACUCCUCGAGCUCCUCUCCGACGAGGCCUCGACGAGGCUCAGCUCGCGCGCGCUCGACGUGCUCCUCGACGUCGUGGAGCGGGCGCGGGGCGCCCGCGCCAAGGCCGUGGAGGUCGGCGCCGUGCACGUCCUCGUCGAGCUCCUCGCCGAUGCCGACGACCGCCACGUCACCGAGCGGAUACUCCUUCUGCUGAAGCGCCUGUGCAAGUGCCCCGAGGGGCGCCUCGCCUUCGCGGAGCACGACCUGUCGGUGGCGGCCGUGGCGAGGACAAUGCUGCGCGUGUCGGAGCUGUCCACGCAGCUCGCCGUCAAGGUGCUGUGGCUCGUGUCCGUGGUGGCGUCGUCGGAGAAGGUCCUCGAGGACAUGAUGCUGACCGGCGCCGUGGCGAAGCUGCUGGGGCUUCUGCACGUCGAGAGCGCGCCGUCGACGAAGCAGAAGACGGUGCGGAUGGUGAGGAUCCACGGGGUGAUCUGGAGGCAGUACCCGUGCUUCCCUACCGACUUCAGGGAUUACUUGAGAUUGCUCGACUGAUUCCCCCCACCUGUUUCUGCUUGCCUUGGCCACACUGUAAGAACAAAGUGAAUGGAAAUUGUGUAU